AUGUUACCCUUCUAUCUAGCCUUGACGUCUCGUAUGCAUACUAAUCAACCUCAACAAGCUUGGUUUCUUUGGCAAUAUAGUGAGAUUCAUCAUAGCCCUAAUCAUAAUAUUUGGCAUUCAGCAUUACAUCGGAAGAGUGGAAUUUGUUGUGGCAAAUACAUCAAUGAAUUCCUUGGUGUAAAAGUAAUAGAUUGCGAUCAAAUUGCCAGAGACAAUGUCCAACCUGGCAAACCUGCUUAUAAACUCAUCGUUCAGAGAUUUGGACUCUCCAUUCUACCUAUUGAUGCAUAGAAACUAGCAGAAGUUGAAUUUUAAGAUGGCCAAUUAAGGAAAUAAUUACAAACUAUUACAAAUAAAUUCAUUCUUAAAGAAAUCACUAAAUUCAUAUUGAAAAUCUGCUUUUUCCAAGAGGAUCAAUUUGUUAUUGUUUAUGCUCCACUCUUAUUCGAGAUUAAAGCUUUAGAGUAUUUCUUUUUCCUCAUCAUUACUGUUACUGUGACUAAUCCGGAAGAAAUUAUUAAAAGGUAAAUCUACAUUGUAAUGGUAAAUCAACAAAAGAAGUCGUAUUACUGA